UUCCCAUCACCCCCUUUUAUUGCCUAGAACGUAUUUGCCUGUCAGAGAGAUCUGACUGCACAGAUCUACAAUCAUAUGAACAUGAUGAAAGCAUGGUCAAAACACUGGCCUAUUGCCUGUCGAGUCAAUCCAUGUACUUAAUAGAUCUGUGGAACUGUAAACGCAACCCCAAAAAACAUGCCCUGGAAUCCAGAAGCUGAAAUCAAAAGUCGUCAACCACUACGCUGUUAUAUCUAUUGAAAGUAUGCUGUCUCUUUUGAAAACGAGUCGAAUUGACAUUCCGGGAACGUUACGGCGGUCAUGCAUAAGAAUUACCGAUACUUUUUCGGAAGUUUCUGCAGUGUGCAACAAGACACUUGACAGGCGACGUCCAUGUAUCACCCCUACACGACUUUGCUCAGGAAAGCGCUACAAUGUCCCUCCGAGCGCCGAAUUUGUAGCGAGGGUCUCUGGAAUUGCUACAAUGGGCAAGUUACCUUACCAAGAGACCGCAGAUGGACUUGAUGCAGCAUUUGUUGGUGUUCCAAUCGAUACUGGUACUUCCAACCGACCUGGGACAAGAUUUGGCCCCCGUCAGAUCAGAGCAGAGUCGGCCAUGUUGAGGGCCUACAACAGUGGCACCCGUGCAGCCCCCUAUGAGUCUCUGAUGGUGGCUGAUAUUGGGGACGUCAACGUGUAUGACCUAAAGGACACCUGCAGACGAAUCCGGGAGGCCUACCGUACAAUCCUGGCCACGGGCUGUAUCCCCCUUACUAUGGGUGGUGAUCACACCAUAGCAUACCCUAUUCUCCAAGCAGUUGCUGAGAAACACGGCCCUGUGGGUCUUAUCCAUGUGGAUGCUCAUGCCGACACAAGUGAUGUGGUCCUGGGGGAGAAGAUUGGCCACGGGACACCCUUCAGGCGCUGUGUGGAGGAGGGCCUGCUAGACUGCAAGAGGGUCGUCCAGAUAGGCCUGCGUGCUACAGGUUACUCACCUGAUGCCUAUGAGUGGAGCCGAGCACAGGGAUUCCGUGUGGUUCAAGUGGAGGAGUGUUGGUUCAAGUCCCUGGCUCCUCUCAUGGCUGCGGUUAGGACUCAGAUGGGGAAGGGUCCAGUUUACCUCAGCUUUGAUAUCGAUGCUUUAGACCCAGCCUUCGCCCCUGGAACAGGCACACCAGAGAUUGCAGGCCUCACAUCCAUACAAGGACUAGAAAUCAUCCGGGGCUGCCAUGGCCUAAACCUGGUGGGGUGUGAUUUAGUGGAGGUGUCUCCACCCUAUGACACCACAGGCAAUACAGCACUGACUGCCGCCAACUUGCUCUUUGAAAUGAUGUGUGUCCUUCCAAAGACAAAAUAUUAUGACUAAUUAUGUGAUGAGGAUAUGCACAUACUUAAUCGAAAGAAUAGCACUUUUACUGAACGGAUUCAAUAUGUAAUCAGAAGUUAAUCACCGGUGUGACCAUAUCACACCAAACAAGGACUGGUAAAGCAGAAAAAUAGAAUGUCUAACAUAUGAACAUAAAGCAUUUAUUACACACAGCAAGAGGAUAUGCACUGUAGCAGAACCUUUGAGAAGAACCUCUGCAAAUCAGAUACAUUUAUUUAGUCAACAUUGUACCAGGGUUAUUAGUAUAGUGAUUUUGUAACAUGUUUAUAAUCAAAUAAAACAACAGUAUUGAUGAA